CUGGAGAUACUGAAAGAUCAAGGAGGAGUGCUUACAUACACUGCUUCCUGGAAUCCCCCCUCUGUCACGUAGUCAAAAGAAAAGAAGAACCCUGUGUUACAUACCCAGCACAAGCUCUGUGUAUUCCUGCCAUGUGGAGCCUGGAUUGUCAGUGAGCUUCCAUCUUGUAGUGCACUUGCGAGACCGCCUCUUCUUUACUGGAACUGGGAUCUCCAGGAGGAUCACACUCACUGUGGGACAGCAUGGCUUUCAGACCCAGCAAAGAACCAAAUAUUGAACUUUUUAUAAAGGCUGGGGCAGAUGGCGAAAAUGUGGGUAACUGCCCCUUCUGUCAGAGACUCUUCAUGGUGCUGUGGUUAAAAGGAGUCAAGUUCACUGUGACCACCGUCGACAUGAAAAAGAAACCAGCAGAACUCAAAGACCUGGCCCCUGGGACCAACCCUCCUUUCCUGCUGUACAAUGGGGAACUCAAGACUGACUUCAUCAAGAUAGAGGAGUUCCUGGAGCAGACUCUGGCCCCACCCAGGUACCCCAGCCUCAGUCCACUGAACAAGGACUCUUUCAAUGUCGGAGCUGAUAUUUUUGCCAAGUUCUCUGCUUUCAUCAAAAACAGCCCCACCAACAGCUUUCAUGAGAAGGCCCUGCUACGAGAGUUCCACCGGUUGGACAAGUACCUGAACUCCCCACUCCCAGAGGAGAUAGACCACAACUCCACAGAGGACAUCCUCGUCUCCAGCAGGAAGUAUCUGGAUGGAAAUCGCCUUACACUGGCCGACUGUAACCUGCUGCCCAAGCUUCACGUCAUCAAGGUCGCAGCCAAGAAGUACUGUGACUUUGACAUCCCUGAGCAAUUCACGGGCGUAUGGAGGUACCUGCGGAAUGCACAUGAGAGGGAGGAGUUCAGCCACACCUGUCCGGCCAACGUGGAGAUUGAGAGGGCUUAUCUGGAUGUGGCCAGCCAGAGGAAAUGAAUAACCUGCACCUGCCAGUCAACUCGGACCCCUGAACAGGAAGGAUGCUCAAUGAACCAGCCUGAAUCUGAACUUUGAAUCCUUAAUGAAGGACUUUUUAAAUGGUUUUGAAUCAUAUGUCUUUAAAAGUGCUUUCUGUCACCACAGUGCUUCUUCUCCCCACUGGUAAAGGAACACCCGGCGAAGCUCAUUUUGAGAGCUAGUGCCUUAGGAACCACAAUAACCCAUAACCAUAAUCACAAGAGUCAAUGACUCCCAGAAUUUAAUUGCCUUGUGUCUGGGCAAAGUAAAAAAAAAUAUUGUUCAUGGAAUACACUAUAUGCAGAAUUUGGUCAUUGAGAAAUUAUAUCUCAGUUUGAUUAAUAAUCUUACAAGUGAACCAGCCUUACAUUUCACACUAAAGGCAUUUACGACUAAAGUGUGCAUUUAACAAUAUACCUAUUUUAGGAGCAUCAUGUCCAUAGUGUAAAUACACAGAAUUAUAUAUUUUUCGUAUACUCUUUAGAAUGAGUUGAAAACAUACAUGUAAAAUGUACCAGUAUAUUUAUUUUAUAUUUCUUAUAGUGUGACUGAAAAUUAGAUCAUGUAAAUCGGAUACUGCAAGUAAACAAUAAAGCACCCUUAUAAUAUUCUCACACUUAUCAGAUUGCACUAAUCUUAUGCUAAAAACAGGAUUAGGAGCAAAAUGUCAAAACAUAAAUGGCACAUUUCCCCCAUUUUAUUGGAUAGCCUUAUAAGUAUUUUUUUUUUACAUGUGAAAAUAAUUUAAGCUUUAAUGUAAUUCAUCACACCAUAUUUUCCCAUUUACUUAAAUCUUUAAUUACCUUACAGCACAAUAAUUUCAUGAUCUCUGUUUGUGUAUACACUCAUUAGCCUGCUUGCGAUGGAAACUCGUGAAUUUCAGUAUUUAUAUUGACUAUUUUUUAUAUAAACUCUAUUGCCCCCUUGUGGAGAAAGAACCUUCAGUGUUUGUUUCCCCAAACAGAAUUGCAUUAUUACUCUUUUAAUGACCAAAGACUCCAGAGAUUCCACAACCAUUUUAUAAACUGUUGCAUUGACAUCUGUUUUCAAGGUAUUACAGCCUCUGUUUGCCAUUUUCUUUAAUGAUCUGCUCAUUAAGUUUUUUCUUUGUUUUCAUGUGUGACACAUGCAGCAUGUCACAGGACUGGUCUGGCACACACACUCAGUCAUUUAACCACAAUGUUUAAGCAGAUCUCUUUAUUGUCGGCCACUGCUUUCAUCCAAAUAAAAAAUAUAGAUUUUUA